GCGGGUUAAAAGGGGCAGCGCGGCGGCCGCGCGAGCAGCUAGCGGUUCUGCAUCAUGUCUCUGCGCAGCAGCUUCGCCCGGCUCCUGCGGAAGCAGGCGGGCUCCACGCUGCAGCUCCAGAAACCUGCCCACUCCGUGGCGCUGAUCGGAGCCCCGUUCUCCAGGGGGCAGAAGAGAAGAGGGGUGGACCACGGCCCCGCUGCCAUAAGGAACGCGGGACUGACGGAGCGGCUCUCCGGCUUGGGUUGCCGAGUGUACGACUUUGGAGAUCUGAGUUUCACUCAAGUGCCCAAUGACGAGCUGUACAACAACCUGGUCAAAUACCCACGCUCUGUGGGAUUAGCCAGCCAGGUGCUGGCUGAUGCUGUGAGCGGAGCAGUGGCUGCUGGACAUAGCUGUGUAACUAUGGGAGGUGACCAUAGCUUGGCACUUGGUUCCAUCAGUGGCCACACACGGCAGUGCCCUCACCUCUGUGUGAUCUGGGUGGAUGCACAUGCCGAUAUCAACACCCCUCUCACAACUCAAUCUGGAAACCUCCAUGGACAGCCAGUCUCAUUUCUGUUACGAGAGCUCCAGGAUAAAAUGCCACUGCUUCCUGGCUUUUCCUGGCUAAAGCCCUGCCUCUCAGCAUCUGAUAUUGUCUACAUUGGUCUGAGGGAUGUGGAUCCUGCUGAACACUAUAUUUUGAAGAACUAUGACAUUCAGUAUUAUUCAAUGAGAGAUAUUGAUCGCCUUGGAAUCCAAAAAGUUAUGGAAAGGACAUUUGAACAGCUAAUGAGCAGGGGACAAAGACCAAUUCAUCUGAGCUUUGACAUUGAUGCUUUUGAUCCUUCACUGGCUCCAGCAACAGGGACGCCUGUUUUAGGUGGAUUAACAUAUCGGGAAGGCAUGUACAUUACAGAGGAAAUACACAGUACAGGAUUGCUUUCAGCUGUGGACUUGGUUGAAGUAAACCCAUUGCUUGGUGCCUCGCAGGAGGAAGUGAACGCUACAGCCAGUCUUGCAGUGGAUGUGCUAGCAACGUGCUUUGGGCACACAAGAGAAGGAGCACAUACUGUUUUUGAUGAACUCCCAACACCUAAUUCACCAGAUGAAUCAGACAGUGAGGAGCAAGUGAGGAUUUAGGACCCCCAG